AUGAUCACAAGAAAAAUCUGCCUGCUCCUCCUCUCCUCUGAGGACCCCGGGUCUAGGACCUCGGCUCUAGGUGCUGCCCGCUCCUCCUCUCCGUCCCAGGACCCUCUAGGUGCUGCCCGCUCCUCCUCUCCGUCCCAGGACCCUCUAGGUGCUGCCCGCUCCUCCUCUCCGUCCCAGGACCCUCUAGGUGCUGCCCGCUCCUCCUCUCCGUCCCAGGACCCUCUAGGUGCUGCCCACUCCUCCUCUCCGUCCCAGGACCCCGGCUCUAGGACCUCGGCUCUAGGUGCUGCCCGCUCCUCCUCUCCGUCCCAGGACCCUCUAGGUGCUGCCCGCUCCUCCUCUCCGUCCCAGGACCCUCUAGGUGCUGCCCGCUCCUCCUCUCCGUCCCAGGACCCUCUCUGCCCGCUCCUCCUCUCCGUCCCAGGUGCUGCCCAGGACCCUCCUGCCCACUCCUCCUCUCCGUCCCAGGACCCCGGCUCUAGGACCUCGGCUCUAGGUGCUGCCCGCUCCUCCUCUCCGUCCCAGGACCCUCUAGGUGUUGCCUACUCCUCCUCUCCGUCCCAGGACCCUCUAGGUGCUGCCCGCUCCUCCUCUCCGUCCCAGGACCCUCUAGGUGCUGCCUACUCCUCCUCUCCGUCCCAGGACCCUCUAGGUGCUGCCUACUCCUCCUCUCCGUCCCAGGACCCUCUAGGUGCUGCCCGCUCCUCCUCUCCGUCCCAGGACCCUCUAGGUGCUGCCCGCUCCUCCUCUCCGUCCCAGGACCUCGGCUCUAGCACUACUCCCCCUCUCAGCACUACUCCCCCAGUGCUACUCCCCCUCUCAGCACUACUCCCCAGUGCUACUCCCCUCUCAGCACUACUCCCCAGCACUACUCCCCAGCACUACUCCCCUCCCAGCGCUACUCCCCUCCCAGCGCUACUCCCCUCUCAGCGCUACUCCCCCUCUCAGCGCUACUCCCCCUCCCAGCACUACUCCCCUCCCAGCGCUACUCCCCCCUCUCAGCGCUACUCCCCCUCCCAGCGCUACUCCCCCUCCCAGCGCUACUCCCCCUCCCAGCGCUACUCCCCUCCCAGCGCUACUCCCCCUCCCAGUGCUACUCCCCCUCCCAGCACUACUCCCCCUCCCAGCACUACUCCCCUCCCAGCGCUACUCCCCCUCCCAGCGCUACUCCCCCCCAGCGCUACUCCCCCAGCGCUCUCCCCCUCCCAGCGCUACUCCCCCAGCGCUACUCCCCUCCCAGCGCUACUCCCCUCUCAGCACUACUCCCCUCCCAGUGCUACUCCCCCUCCCAGUGCUACUCCCUCCCAGCGCUACUCCCCCUCCCCAGUGCUACUCCCCCUCCCAGCGCUACUCCUCCCAGUGCUACUCCCCUCUCAGCGCUACUCCCCCUCCCAGUGCUACUCCCCUCCCAGCGCUACUCCCCUCUCAGCGCUACUCCCCCCCCAGCGCUACUCCCCUCUCAGCGCUACUCCCCUCCCAGCGCUACUCCCCCUCUCAGCGCUACUCCCCCUCUCAGCACUACUCCCCCUCUCAGCGCUACUCCCCUCCCAGCGCUACUCCCCUCCCAGUGCUACUCCCCCUCUCAGAGCUACUCCCCCUCUCAGCGCUACUCCCCCUCCCAGCACUACUCCCCCUCCCAGCACUACUCCCCCCUCCCAGCGCUACUCCCCUCCCAGCGCUACUCCCCCUCCCAGCGCUACUCCCCAGCGCUACUCCCCCUCCCAGCGCUACUCCCCAGCGCUACUCCCCCCCUCUCAGCGCUACUCCCCUCUCAGCGCUACUCCCCUCCCAGCGCUACUCCCCCUCUCAGCGCUACUCCCCCCCAGCGCUACUCCCCCUCUCAGCGCUACUCCCCUCCCAGCACUACUCCCCCUCCCAGUGCUACUCCCCUCCCAGCGCUACUCCCCCUCCCAGUGCUACUCCCCCUCUCAGCGCUACUCCCCUCCCAGCACUACUCCCCCUCUCAGCGCUAGUGCUCCCCCUCCCAGCGCUACUCCCCCACGCUACUCCCCCUCCCAGCGCUACUCCCCCUCCCAGUGCUACUCCCCUCUCAGAGCUACUCCCCCUCUCAGCGCUACUCCCCCUCCCAGCUCUACUCCCCUCCUAGUGCUACUCCCCUCUCAGUGCUACUCCCCCUCUCAGAGCUACUCCCCCUCUCAGCGCUACUCCCCUCUCAGCGCUACUCCCCCUCUCAGCGCUACUCCCUCUCCCAGCGCUACUCCCCCUCCCAGUGCUACUCCCCCUCUCAGCGCUACUCCCCCUCUCAGCGCUACUCCCCCUCUCAGCGCUACUCCCCUCUCAGCGCUACUCCUCCCAGCGCUCCCUCCCAGCGCUACUCCCCCUCCCUCUCAGCGCUACUCCCCCUCUCAGUGCUACUCCCCCUCCCAGCGCUACUCCCCUCCCAGUGCUACUCCCUCCCAGCGCUACUCCCUCCCAGCGCUACUCCCCCUCCCAGUGCUACUCCCCUCCCAGCGCUACUCCCCUUCCCGCGCUCCUCCCCUCCCAGCUUACUCCCCCUCUCAGCGCUACUCCCCCUCUCAGUGCUACUCCCCCUCCCAGCGCUACUCCCCCUCUCAGCGCUACUCCUCCCAGUGCUACUCCUCCCAGCGCUACUCCCCCUCAGCGCUACUCCCCCUCCCAGCGCUACUCCCCUCCCAGCGCUACUCCCCCUCCCAGUGCUACUCCCCCUCCCAGCGCUACUCCCCCCAGCGCUACUCCCCUCCCAGUGCUACUCCCUCCCAGCGCUACUCCCCCUCCCAGUGCUACUCCCCCUCCCAGCGCUACUCCCCUCUCCACUCUUUAUUGCUAUGUUUUAUAACAGUCCUCUGA